GUUUUAUGAGAUGAGUUUUAUUUUUUAUAUCAUCAUCUAAAAAAAAAACUAGAUAACUCUCUCUCUCUAGCUAAGGAGAGGAAGAAAAAGAAGAAGCUGAACAAAGGCCGCCUUGACUCUCUGCGUCUUCUCUCUCUGUGUGUAUAUAUAUCUUCAUCUUUUCCGGAUUUUAGCUGUCGUCCGAGAAGAUGCUUAUUAAUUUUUUCCUCAUAAUUAUUUGUUCUCUGCAUCCCUGAAGCUGUAGCUACCUAGCAAAAGAGCGUUUGACUCAGAGAAUUUUUAUUUUACUUAAUUAGCUAUAUAGCUAGGUUUACUAUGUUUCUAGUAUUCGAGGAGCUAAGAGUCUAAAUUUUUUCUGUGGGUUGUCGGUUAUAUAGUACCUUGAGUCUUUGAUCGUUUUUGAGUGCGUAUAGCUCAAAACAAGCUGAAUAAUUAAGAGUAAUAUUAAUUGUUUUCUUUACCAUAUAUAUAUAUAUAUAUGGCGGCUGCUUCUUCAUCGAUGCCAUUCUUUGGAAGUAGUAGCAGAGAAGAAAACCAAAGCCAGAUGACUUCGUCAAUCCUUCCGCCUUCCUCAAAUGCUACCGCCGCAGCCACAGGCACAGCCCCACCACCUCAAAAGAAAAGGAGAAAUCAACCAGGAAAUCCAAAUCCAGAUGCGGAGGUUAUAGCACUAUCUCCCAAGACGCUAAUGGCGACAAACAGGUUCAUAUGUGAGGUGUGCAACAAAGGGUUCCAAAGGGAGCAAAACCUACAGCUCCACAGAAGAGGACACAACCUGCCUUGGAAGCUCAAGCAGAAGACUAACAAAGAACCUAGACGCAAGGUCUAUCUAUGUCCGGAGCCGUCAUGCGUUCACCAUGACCCCUCUCGAGCUCUCGGAGACCUCACCGGCAUAAAAAAACACUACUCUAGAAAGCACGGCGAGAAGAAGUGGAAGUGCGACAAGUGCUCCAAGAGGUAUGCCGUUCAAUCGGAUUGGAAGGCUCAUUCUAAAACGUGCGGAACUAGGGAAUACAGAUGCGACUGUGGCACUCUAUUCUCAAGGCGGGACAGUUUUAUCACUCAUAGGGCUUUCUGUGAUGCACUGGCUCAGGAAAGUGCAAGGCAUCCUUCAAGCUUAAGCACAAUGGGCGGUAGCCUCUAUGGAAACAACCAUAUGAGCUUAGGUCCAUCCCAAAUCCCCUCACUCCAAAACUCAACCCACCUCCCUAACAACGUGUUGAGGUUAGGGAGUAGCGGCAGCGCAAAGUUUGAGCACCUCAUCCCGCCAUCAAAUCCGUCUUCGUUUGGAUCACAAGCCAUGCCUAAUUCUCCCAAUUUCUUCAUGAGAGACAUUGCUAACCAGCAAGGGUUUCAAGAUCAGCACCAAUUUCCAAACAAGGUAUUACAUGGACUAAUGCAACUUCCUGAUCUCCAGAGCAACCCUAACAACAACAGCAGCUCACCCUCAUCGAAUAGCGCUGCCAAUCUCUUUAACCUGAGCUUCUUUUCUAACAAUGGUACCAGUCGCAGCAUAACUCCUACUGAUCAUCAGUUUAGUGAUGGUAAUGGCGGUGGCCAAGGGUUUAGCAUGAGUCAUGACCAUCAAAUUGGGUCGGGUUCUCUACCAUCUCUCUAUGGGAAUUCGAUGCAACACGAAGGCGGCAUGGCUCCGCACAUGUCUGCCACUGCAUUGCUUCAGAAAGCUGCUCAAAUGGGUUCGACUACAAGCACCGAAAGCUCGUCUUUGCUUAGGGGAUUAGGUAAUUCGUCAACAAGAGCAGCUAAAUCCGGAAGGCAACUAGUGUCAGCGCCCUCGAGCGUUGGAGUCAGUUUUAGUGGUGAUCAUCAUCACAGUACUAAUGGGGGUGAACAGUACCACUUGAGAUCGUCACAGCAGGUGGAAAAUGAAAACCAUCUUCAAGGAUUAAUGAACUCUCUUGCAAAUGGCAACUCCUCGAUUUUUGGAGGCGGGGGACUGGAUCAUAACAACUUUGGCGGGUUUAGUAGCGGCACUACUGCUACUAGAGUUAGUGCAAUGGAUCAACAGCAUAAUAACCCUAAUUAUGAUGAGGCUAAGUUGCACCAAAAUUUGAGUGUAAAUUUUGGAGGGUCUGAUAAACUGACCUUGGAUUUUCUUGGUGUUGGAGGCAUGGUAAGAAACAUGAAUGGUGGCCAUGGAUACUCACAGAGAGAUCAUCAACAACAACAACAUCAUGGCAUCAAUAUGAUCAGCUCCUUAGACCCAGAGUUGAAGUCAACGCAGGCAAGUCAACUCUUUGGAGGCACCACACUACAGUGAGCCUGCUAGAUCGAGGAACUAAAAUUACGUUCAUGGUAUAGGUGAGAGAGUCGAUCCUUUUAAUAUGUAGGAAAAAAUAGAAACGGUAUCGAUUAAUUACCAACUCUAGUUGUCUUGACCCCCAAGCAUUAGGGUUUCUUGAGUUUUAUUUCUAUAUGUGCAUGCCUUAAGGACCACACUAAUGGAUGUCCAGUACUUUCAUCGGUUACUAUAUUAUGUAUAAUGUGGUACCUUAAUUACCUGCUUCUAUAUUUGGCGAUAAAGGAAUCCUAAAUUAAUAUUUAUCCUCCCUC